AUGCCGGUACCAAAGAAGGAUGGGAAAGUCAGGAUGUGCGUCGAUUAUCGAGAUCUGAACCGAGCGAGUCCUAAGGAUGAUUUCCCGCUACCCAGUAUAUACAACCUGAUCGAUAACUAUGCCAAGCAGGAACUCCAAUCCUUCAUGGAUUGCUUCAUCACGCCAUGGGAAUACUACUACAAGAUGAGGCCAUUUGGUUUGAAGAACGCCAAGGCAACUUACAUGAGGGCCAUUACUACUCUCUUUCAAGAUAUGAUACAUAAGGAAAUAGAGGUGUACGUGGAUGAUGGCAUCAUCAAGUCUAAGACGAGUUCAGAUCACAUAGCAGACCUGAGAAAGUUUUUGGACCGACUACAAAAGUAUAAUCUGAGGUUGAAUCCUACAAAAUGUCCUUACGGAGUCCCUGCAGAUGGAGCCUUUGGUUGCGUAUUGGGACAACAUGAUGAAACUGGAAGGAAAGAGCAAGAAAUAUACUAUCUGAGUAAGAAGUUCACGCCUUACGAAGCUCAGUACUCUUUGUUGGAACAUACCUGUUGCGCCCUGACGUGGAUAGCCCAAAAGUUGAGACAUUGUUUUUAUGCAUACACCCUAUAUAUCAUAUCAAGGAUGGAUCUGCUAAAAUACAUCUUUCAGAAGCCUAUUCUACGAGUAUCUUUCGUAAGAGAGGAUAUCGACGAGGCAUAUGAAGGCUGGAGGAUGUUUUCCAACGGAGCCGCAAACUUCAAAAGAGUGGUCAUCAAAGCUAUUUUGGUAUCAGAAACCGAUCAACAUUAUUCGGUAUCCAUCAAGCUCAGGUUCCCGUGCACCAACAAUAAAGUGGAAUACGAGGCUUGUAUCUUGGGACUCAGUUCGUCCAUCGACAUGAAUAUUCAGGGAUUGGUGGUAAUUGGAGAUUUAGAUUUGCUUAUACAUCAGGUACUUAGAGAAUGGGCCACCAAGAACACCAUGAUAUUUCUAUACCUAUACUGUGUGCAAGAUCUUAUCAAGAGGUUCUCAAAGAUAGAGUUUAAACAUGUUCCUAGAAUUCAGAACAAGUUCGCUGAUGUGCUGGCUAACUUGCCUUCCAUGAUACAACAUCUAGACAAGAACUUUAUUGAUCCCAUCCUAAUAGAAAUUAGUAAGCAGCAAGCUUAUCAUGCUCUUGUUGAAGAAGAGUUCGAUGGGAAUCCAUGGUUUCCCGAUAUCAAGGAGUACUUAGAAAAAGGAGAAUACCGCAAAAAAUGCUACACACACGCAGAAGCGCACGCUUUGGAGAUUGGCCAACCACUUCUUUUAGAGCGGAUAAAUUCUGUAUAG